GACGUCAUCGAUGAAACUUGGACACUGCAGGCUCACAGCCCACCUCACCUCACCGAAUCAGCAAAUCAGAGUGCCUCACGAACAAACACGUCGGUCAUUCAACAAGCUGGAUCAUGGACCAUCCAACUAAGAUCCGACAGACGACCAACAAGUUAGAAGCCGAAGUUCUUGACGAAUAUGGGCGGAUGGUUGAGCUACUAGACCGGAUGUCUAAUUCAGCCCACGAACUUUCGAGUUUGCCGCCGUACUUAUUGGAAGGUCUUUUGCCGCUAGAAAGGAAGAUGGGAUUGGUCUUAACCCUAUUCAAAGCUUCGGUCUGGUCUGUACUAGUUCAAAAACAAAGGGAGUCUGAGAAUCGACAACAAUCGUAGCACAGUUUCCGCGGACUCUAUCCUCAAUCCUCACUUCGCCGUGACCGCAGGUGCUGCCAAUUAUCCCCAUAUAUACUCAGUUGUGUACUUGUUUGCAUUGGCGACACCGAUCUAAAGAAUACUGUAGCAUAGCCCCCCUUCAUCCUUCAAUCUGGCAGUCCGUGCCGAGAGCGAUAUGAUUCCUGUACAUUUUCAUUUACUUGUCGGGCCCGGGAGAGGAACAGAUAAGCGCACUCCUCAUUGGUAUCGCCGAGAGAAUCGAGUGUUGAGUUGGUCAUAGCCAAGCCAUACAUACCUCGCUUGGCCGGGGGCAGCAGUCUUCUCCGAGGACACGUUUCAUUGGAGCCAUGCAGAAAGCUUGUUCUGGCAUGUAUCACAGAGACCAAACCUGCGC